CGACGGCACCGCUUGCACCGUUGUCGUCAUGGCGUCCUCGUCGACACAAACGACGCCCGCACAACAUCACCCGCUCUCUCAAGACGAAGUGCCGUCGCGGGGACGUCGGUCGCGUGGUAAGCCGAGCGAGGAUAGCCCAAGACCCCAAACGGACUACUUCGCCCUCAAGGCCAAGCUGGACAGUGCCUCGAAAGAACACACGAGAUACACUAACGCGAAUUGGGAUGGAAGCGUUCGUGGAUACGGGAAGGGCACUCGAUCGGUAAAACCGCCGCCCCUAAUCGUAGUGGAAUCUUCAAGCGAUGACAUCUCUUCGCAGCCGCCGAAAUACGAGCUUCUCGGCGAUCCCUCUGCUGAAGGAGACGGCUCUGGCCCGUUCUCCCCCUCCACCACGGCGAAGAUUUUGUCUACCAAGUGGCAUGCGUUUGCGGACGAGGAGAUUCGUUCUACUGUCACCGUAUAUGCAACGACCACCCCGCCGAACGAAUUGUCGGAACAUCCAUGCUACGCUAUAAUGCGGGUGCUCUCGUCAGCUGUCCACAAUCUCACGCGUGCGCGACAUGAGUUAGAGGAGAGUCGACGUGUACUUCUAGAGAAGGAGGCUGCGCGGAAAGAACGCGCAAAGCAGCUUUUGCAGGAGCUCUCCUCCUCGGAGAAGGAGAUCGGGAACCGCGUUUUCCAGUCUCUCUUCCCGGACGAUGACGAGACAUCACACCACGUUCACCGUAUGCAACGACAGCAAAGCGUGCUGUCUCUUGCAGAGUCGCUUACAGAGGCCAUUGAAGAUGAAGUGCCAAUCUCGCGCAGCGUCCCGGAAGGCGAUGUCACCCCAAUGGCUUCUGUACUCGUUGUACCUCCAAAACCACAAAUAUCCACCACUGUCGUAACGGCACAGGCCGUACCCGCCUCUCCUGUCGCUUCGCGAAGUGUGGCCGAAACACUCCCGGCGGUCCAGGUUGAGCACGCAGAUACCACCGACACACGAGAGGCUCCCGACAACGACGAAUCUCGGGCUGCAAGUGCGGACCCAGCGAAAACAGAGCGACCAUCGCUUGGAGACUGGAUGGGUACCUGGUGGAUAAAACCUAAGAGUAAGACAAGAGCCCCUCAGUUACCCUUUCCAGCCUCCGAUGCCUCCGAUCCGCUUGAGGAGUCUCCUCGUGCCGAUUCGCAGUGCCUCUCUAGUGAUGACCUGCCGCCCACACCCUCUACGCCUCAGACGCCUGGGAAGGAGUCAGCAGCAACGAAACGGAAACCGUCGCGGAGCGUCUUCGGUACACUGGGCUUCUCCAUGUUGAACCCUGCCUCGUCGUCCACGAAUGCAAUGGUGGUCAAGAAGCGACGCAACAUGUCUGUGACAGACGUCGCCGGUGCUGAACUUCCUCCGGAGCCGCAAGAUGUCGCGCCCUCAGUCAAGUCCGCGCAUGUGUCGCCUUCUUCCAGUCCUCUCCUUUCUCCUGUCGCUGUUAGUUCCGACCUAUCAAGGUUCACUUCGUCAACCAAUGCCUCUCCUUCCCCAAGCCUCAUGGCCCCGGACGAGAAGCCUCCGCAAGGCUCAUCUCUGCGCGCUAUCAUUCAGGCAACACGUGUCAUGACAUCGGAUGCGAGCAGCAUCCUAAUUGAUCAUGGGCGCGAGACGAGCCCGCUCAUUGCCCAGCUGGCGCUCGAACUCGUCCGUAACGCACGCGAAGCUGGGCUGGACUUCCGAGAAAGGCCGAAGGAGAAGAAGGAACGCAAGGCAGGCGGUGCCGAGAGGCGCGCGUCUCCUGCGGCAGAUGCAGAUGCAACCCCCGUCCCAUCUCGCAUCCUCACCACGGCGCAGGUAGGGCGGCGCACGCCGAAGAGUCGAAAGCCGAGCGUCAAUCUCCCUUCGUUCGCUUCACCUUUGUUCGGAUCGUUCGCCAUCCAGCAGCAGAAGAAGCCUGCUAUUCCUUCCGACAGUGCCCAGCAGAACCCAUCGAGCGACGCCUCCCAGGGCAACCCUUCCACCGCAGCACCUCAGCCUAUGAGCAAAGCCAAAGCUGGCUCGGUCCCACUGGAGUCUAUUAUCCCUGUAAACGCGAAGCCCCCUACCCAGUAUCUUUCGAGGCAGUAUACGCCGCUCACCUCCCGCGACUUCCACUUCUCUAUUCCGCUGCCUGACAACGAGUCUUCCAUCGCCGCGCAGGUGGACGAACGCAGCCAUGAAGGUCUCACAGACCGUUUUGGGUUCAUCUACGAUAUCGCACGAUAUGAUGCGCUCCUGCUCAUUCGCGCGAAGGAGUGCAAGAAUACCGCUCCCGUGUGUCUCACCGGUAUCAAGGUCGCAGACCGCACGGAGGACAAUACGUGGCCGGAGGAUGAGGAGGACGUGACGGCGAACACGAUUGAGAUCGUGAAGGAUGGGUGCGACUGCAAUGGCGAGGGCGAUGACGGCGCGGACGCGAUUAGCGUCAACUCAACGAGUACGCGGCCGACAGUGCGCAGCGUGCCUGCUGGUGACUCGACGCGGUCCCGCGGCACGUCUCCAGCCUCGUCCCGACGCGUGAAGCGCACGUCCACACUCCUCAGCGGGGCAAGCACAACGACGAUCAAGUCAACUUCGUCUGUGCUCUCGGUCGACUCGGAGACCCCACGACAUAUUUGCGGAAACACGAUCAGACGGUUACUCUCCCAGCUCACCGAUAUCCACGAUCAGCGACAGGCGGCACAGCGCAAAGAGUGGGAUCUCUUUCUAAAGAACCGCAGUAGGGCGAUGACGAGCAAGGCCAUGUCUGCGGGCUCGCGCAGCGCUUCUGCUGGGGUUGUCGGCGGGGCUGCGCAGCUACUUGGAUUGGGCACCGCGGACGAGGCAGAGGAGCUCGAACAUAACGAGGGCCUCAUUGGCUUCGCUCAAUUUGGGCUAUCGUCGAGCAAGGACGAGAAGAAGGAGUUCGAUAGGCUGGUGCGGAACGGAAUCCCGCUUGCGUACCGCUCGAAGGUUUGGCUCGAAUGCAGUGGCGCUCUGGAAAUGCGCGAGCCGGGCGUUUUUGCAGACCUCCUUGCGGAGUGCGACACCACGAGCAGUGUUGUGCGCGAGAUCGAUAAGGACGUGUGUCGGACGAUGCCCCUGAAUAUCUUCUUCGGUAGGACGGGCGCUGGGGUGGAGAAGUUGCGUCGGGUGCUCAUGGUGUACAGCAAGCGUAAUCCAGCUGUUGGGUACUGUCAGGGCAUGAACCUUGUCACGUCGACGCUUUUGCUCGUCCAUGCUGACCAGGAGGAGGCAUUCUGGGUUCUAGCCGCAAUCAUCGAGCGCAUUCUCCCCGAUGAUUUCUUCUCGCCGUCGCUUCUUAGCUCCCGUGCCUGCCCACUAGUUCUACUCGACUACGUCCAAGAUCUGAUGCCCAAGUUGUCAGCGCAUCUCGCCGAGCUGGGCGUUGACCUCGGCGCGAUCUGUUUUUCCUGGUUCCUUUCGUUGUUCACAGACUGUUUGCCUGUCGAGACGUUGUUCCGGGUCUGGGAUGUGUUCAUGGUGGAAGGCAUCGACGUGCUAUUCCGCAUCGCUUUUGCCAUUCUGCGCACGAAUGAGCAUGAGUUGUUACACUGCACAUCUAUCCCAGCUGUGUAUGUUGCGCUCGAGAGCUUGCCUAACCGUAUGUGGGAGGCAGACCGUCUUCUUCAGGCUGAGGCGGAUCUCCGGAGCACGAUCGUGCAUGCUGAUAUCGUCAGGAGACGUAAUGCUCAUAUCGCGCAAUUGCGGGAGGUCAUGGCAUAGAUCUACUACAUGUUAAAUAAUGGUUUCAUGCAAUGUGGGGACUUCAUCGAACAUACGUGGACAGCACUAGGGAUGUACUAUAUAUAAUUCAUCACACCACGCAGCC